UCCUCUUUUUUUUUUCUUCCUAAGAGCAGACAUGAUGUCUUAACUACGUUUCAGGACAAAACUACUACAAAAUCCACAGCUUUGACUUUCGUGAUCGGCCUUUUGGAUAGGAUACAGCUCGUGAAACAUCAUCGCUCCCCUGAGGACAUUCCUGCAGCGCGGGCCAUGAGAGCACCUCGUGCGUUACAGCCUCCCUGUGCUUUGGGCUCACGUUUCCUGGACUGAUGAGCCUUCCUCCAGCGCUGGGACUGUCCAAACGUGUGCACAGUUAGCAGUGACUGCCAAGGAGGAUGACCUCUCUGCUGAAACCACUUUCACUGUGUCUCUGUCUCCUGCAGAUCACUGUGGCCGGGGGAGACUUUGUAGAUGUCCGGUCAAACAAACCCCUACUUUCCUUGGCGGAUGAGGAGACCGUCCUGCCCUGUCGCUACCAGCCAGGCAAGGACAACAAGGUGGUGCAGGUCACCUGGUAUAAGAAGACCGAUGACGCAGACAAAGAGCAGAUCAUCACUGCAGACAACACCAACGCUCAGACGGCCUUCGGGUCCUGGUCCCGACGCGUACGCUUCAGAGGCCCCGAGCCCACCGCGGACGCUUCCCUGGUCAUAACCAACACGGAGAUCUCGGAUGAGGGGACGUACAUCUGCCACAUCAGCACCUUCCCACUGGGAAACUUCGACGCGGAGAUCUCGCUCACCGUGCAGACCAGCCCCAUCUCCUCUCUGGACCCGGUGGUCGUGGUGGAGGGCCAGUCCCACCGGCCGGUGGCUUCCUGUCACUCCGUGGCCCGGCCGCCCCCCCGCCUCACCUGGGACACCGAGCUGAACGGCCAGAGCGUCAGCCGUUCCGCAGACAGCAGGACGGUCUCCAUCAAAUUCUCCCUCCACCCUCUGAGGAGCAUGAAUGGCAAGAAGCUGGACUGCCUGGUGUGGCACCCGGCCUUCCCGACUCCACGCAGGCUCAGAAAUAACCUGGUGGUCCACUACCCUCCAGACGCAGAGGUGUCGGGGUACAAUGGAGAAUGGUUCGCUGGUUUGAAUAACGCCGCCCUGACGUGCGUGAGCGGAGGAAAUCCUAAACCACACAAUUUCACCUGGAUCAGAGUUGGUGGGGAGCUGCCAAACGGCACCGUCCUCCAUCCUAAUGGGACACUGGCUUUUGGGCACCCCCUACUCUCCUCAGAUGAAGGCACCUACCGGUGCCUGGCAGAGAAUGAAGUGGGCAAAGCCACGGCGGAGGUGAAGAUUAGUUUGACAGCGCCUCCUCGGCAGUCCAAAGAGUUUGAAAACACAUUCCUGGUUGCAGGCGUGGCUGCUGGGGUGCUGAUCUUGAUGCUCGUCAUUGUGAUCGCCAUUGUUUGCCGCCACAAACGGAAGAACAAGAAACUAAAGAGGGAGCUGAAUGAGAAAAAGGAGGAAAUAAGUACUCUCUCCAGACAAGCUUCGUUCAGGAGAGUGAACUCUCUCAGCACUGAUGCCAGAUUAACGAUAGAUGAAAGUAUCCCUCUGAAGGUGGACGGAACCCUGCGGAACAGCUUCUCCUCCCUCGGGGAGCAGACUCGCUGCCGUGACAGCAGAUCUACUAUCUCAGGUGGGCGGGGAGGAGUGGGGGCGUUCGACUCUCUGGGCAGACCAUCUCUGUACAACAACUCCCGCAGGGGGAGAGAAAGGAUCCUGGACAGGGACGAGGACAACCGGCUCAGGGUUGAAGCCUAUGUGAGAAAUACCAUCUCCUUGCAGGAAAACUGUUUCCACCCCCCUCUCAUGCCAACCACCUUCCCCAUGGUACAAGCAACGGAGAUCAUGAGACAGCGGAACGGCAGCGCCAUUAUCCCCUCCGAUGGGGGAUCACGUCAAGGCAGCGUCGUCAAAAAUAACCAGCAUCCUCCUGUGAGCGGCCAGUACCCACAGGUCACCGAUGACGAGGAUGAGGUCGAUGAGGGGUUGGGCGGUCCCGCCAGUCAGGAGCAUCCUGAUGACCAAGACAGUGAGACCAACAGCUUCCCUCUGUCUGAAGAGCACAGUGCAGUGCUCUCCCACAUGAGGACCAGCCCCCCUAUGCGCCUUCCCCAUGCCUCCUUCAUCCACAAGGCUCAGAUUGUGUAACAGCUGUCAGGAAAGCAGCAGAACUGGACACCGGCGGUGGUUUUGGAGGUGACAAAGUCCAAAACACAGCAAUAUAGUCUAUGGUCAUUUUCAAAAUAUCCUUGCUGCACCUUCUAUCUGAUAUACUUCAUGGGAACAGGAAGCAUUCGCUAAAAAGGAAAAGAAAAAUCAUCAACAGAGCAUUUCAGCUUUCUGCAUACGAGAAAAAGAUCUCCCGAGAUUCCUGGUGCAGCUGCUGCGGCAUUGAAUCCCAGAGAUUUUUACAACGCAGGUGUGGUAUGAAUCGACUGUAACUGGCAGGUGAAUGUGGCCGACACACCUUGUGAGGAGAUAUCGAAAGCGUAGGACACCCAGAACGGCAGGAGGCUGUGGGAACUUUCAUUAGUCAGGAAGAGAGAGAUUGCACCACCUCCACACGUGGGUGGAGCCCAGUGUGCAGGUAACUGUGUGUGGGAUGCAUUUCCUCACACUCCAUGGAACUGAUCCAGAGCUUUGGUUUCUGCGUCCCACCUGACACACGCAUACCUCCGUACUGUCAUACUGUCUGUGUGUCUCCACCGCAAGAUGACGACACAAAUCUGCCGUGCACUGAUCUGUAAAUCUGUACAAAUGUUUAUAGGAAAUUCGCUUCCGUCAUUGAAAGGCUCUCUAAGACUAUCCAGUUGUUUCUACAUGUGAGGUCACAUGUGUUCCUUCUCAGUGACAUCUGCAUAACACAGCUACGUAGCUGUUUAUCAGCCUUACACGUAUCUAGGAUGUCAUGAAACACCUCCAGAAACAUUCAGUUACACCUAUGCUGAGAAUUUUGUGUAUUUAUUUACAAAAGGACAAUACAAAGUGGAUUGAAGCUGUAUACAAGUAGCUUCUCUCACCAGCACGGGCCGGUUUAAUAACGGACAGGUCAGCAGUUUAUCACAGGACUCCCUCUAUUAAGGGCCCGUCUCCCUGCAGACUGUGGACCAGUCGGGGGAACUCUGACAUCAAUCUUCUUCUCCUUUGUUUUUUCUUUAUUACGUUGCAAGAGUGUGUCUGAAUUUAUAAAUGCAUGUGAACUGUUACAGAAGCAAAAAGGAGAGUGGCACAAGCACGAAUAUGCUGCACCUCCACUUGCAGGAAUGAUAAUGUGUGUCCUCUGCCAGCGGGAGGUUUUCAGCCUCCACAACGGCGUGUCAAGGUUGAAUGUGACCUGGACAAUUUUUCAAUGAUGCGACAUUCCCAAGUGGGUAUUUUUUAUCUGCAGACUGCUGGUUUUUAUCCUUUUUGUUUAUAUGUGAUAUGAGUAUUGAUGGGUUUUGUUACGUUGCUGAUAGGUGAAACAACGUGUCACAGAGGAUAUGAAAAUAGUUUUUACCUUCUGGCAAGAAUGAAGUAUUAUUGCGUUCUCCAUCGACACGUACACAGCUGUUGUGUUGUUUUAUCCCACCACAAAUAAACCUGUCAUCAGGAAAAGAUUCAUAUGGCUCCAGACAAGGUAUACUUUGAGCAAGAUGAAUGAUUGUUGUAUCCGUAGCGAGCUGCGCCCCCUCGUGGUUACAGCUGAAAAGACAGGGAGCUCACUGAGUCAAACUCCCAAAUACUCUGAGUUACAAAUUUUACUGUGAUCCUAAACAUCUCUCUGGUCAUCAUGGGCCUGUAUUUUCAUUUAUUUAGGGGAGGGGGGGGGGGGGCGCAAAUAAGGACAUCAUGUUGGUAAAAGUAAAAGUGUAUGUAUUUCUAAAGUUAUCCAGAUCGUUAGACUUUUGUAUUUUAGAGGAUCAUCUUUUCUUUCUCUUUACUAAUCUGAAUGCUUGCUGGUUUGAUAUUCUUAUCACAAUAUCUUUUUUGUUUUUUCCUCAUGCUGAUGGUCUUAAAGCAGACUGUAUUUCAUCCUGGGUCACAUAACUUUUAUUGACAUUACAUAACUGCCUCAGCAUUUCACUUUCAACCUCAGGGAAGGGAAGGUGGUCUUUAAUUAAUUUAAAGACCACCUUCCCUCUUCAUGAGCGUUUUCUCUUCUUGAACCUUGUUUUUUCUCCAAACCUAUCACUUCACCACUAAACUGUUGUAGGAAAUGGUUUCAUUUGAGUUACUGGCAUCCAGUGGGUAGAUGCCGUCACCAAAUCUUGAUGCAUGUUGGGACAUGUAGUUUUGGUCCACGUACAUCUUUCAAACCCCAUGGAGUUGUAUUACAACUGUGUUUUCAUGCUUUUGUGGGACUAAUAAGAUGAGGUCGUGUGCAGGAUUUGCCCCGAGACCCUUGAGUUUUACACACACACCUUGAAGGAAGCUAGUGGUCUUAAAAAAGCUCUCAGAUCUAGCAGUUCUAGUGGU